CUUCACUGUCUGCGCAAAAAUAUUCAUCAAAAAACAAGAAUAGGAGAGUUAAUUAAUUGCAGAACUUGAGAAGAAUAAGGGAAAUCAGAAAAAAAACCCUAAAGUUUGGGCCUUUGGUUUUGGGACUUCCUACUUGACAGUUAGGUCUGGAAUCUGCUAUCCCUCUUUGUUUCUCAACAAUUACGCUCGCAUCCUUCAUUGUCGACUCAUAACAUCCUUUUCUUCUCUGCACCGUAGAAACAGAUAGCCCAUCAUGUCUUGGUGCACGAUUGAAUCUGAUCCUGGUGUGUUUACAGAACUGAUACAACAAAUGCAAGUAAAAGGUGUACAGGUUGAAGAAUUGUAUUCAUUGGACCUUGAUUCUCUUAACAGCCUUAGGCCAGUGUAUGGGUUGAUUUUUCUUUUCAAGUGGCGUCCUGGAGAAAAGGAUGACCGACUUGUAAUCAAAGAUCCGAAUCCUAACUUGUUUUUUGCUAGCCAGGUCAUAAAUAAUGCUUGUGCAACCCAAGCAAUCUUGUCUAUCCUCAUGAAUUCUCCAGAUGUUGACAUUGGCCCAGAAUUGUCAAAGCUUAAAGAUUUCACCAAGAACUUUCCCCCUGAAUUAAAAGGUCUGGCUAUCAAUAACAGUGAAGCUAUUCGUACAGCUCAUAAUAGUUUUGCUAGGCCCGAACCUUUUGUUCCAGAGGAGCAGAAGGCUGCAACAAAAGAUGAUGAUGUUUACCACUUCAUAAGCUACUUACCUGUCGAUGGGGUACUAUAUGAGCUUGAUGGUUUGAAGGAGGGACCCAUUAGUCUUGGUCAGUGCCCUGGUGGUCAAGGUGACUUGGAAUGGUUACAAAUGGUGCAACCUGUGAUCCAAGAACGCAUUGAGAGGUACUCCAAAAACGAAAUAAGAUUCAAUCUCAUGGCAAUUAUCAAGAACAGGAAGGAAAUGUACACUGCUGAACUCAAGGAGCUCCAGAAGAAGAGGGAGCGGAUCUUGCAGCAGUUGGCCAGCUUACAGUCAGAGAGAUUGGUGGACAAAAGCAGUUUCGAAACUCUAAACAAAUCACUGUCGGAAGUAAAUGCUGGGAUUGAGGGUGCAACUGAGAAGAUCUUAAUGGAGGAAGAAAAAUUCAAGAAGUGGAGGACUGAGAAUAUUCGUAGGAAGCACAAUUACAUCCCAUUUUUGUUUAACUUCCUUAAGAUUCUUGCAGAAAAGAAGCAAUUGAAACCUCUGAUAGAGAAGGCCAAGCAGAAAACUAGCAGCACCAGGUGAAAGCUUCUUUGUUCAUGGGCUUACAUUAUUCAUGGAAAUCCUUAUGUUAUCAAAGUAUUGGUACUUGAAGAGAACUUUGUGGUUAGUAGUUAUUUGAUAUUUACGUAGUCUUUUUGAUGGCCGUAUCCUGACAUAAAUGUGAAUUAUUAAGCACCGGGAAGUGAGUGUUUGUCACUAUAGCCAUGCAUUGUUGUCAAAAUAUAAGAUGACCGUGACAUGAUUUUAAAACUAGAGCAGAUGGAUGAACCACAAGCGGUCUUUUGGCUGGGCGAAACAGCGUAAGCAUUGGCAGGUGGGUGACAGAGGCUUCUCUCAGCUGGUAAGCACCGUAAGUUAAAUUGCUAAUCUUGGUGUUCCUUGCCCAUGGAAAACCUUAAUGAAACUGACCAGGAUUGAUAGGAAUCUCAAAUAUAUUAUUAUGUCCUCCUUGUUAUGGAAGAUCCUAUUGGUGUUUGUUUGUAGUUUCUCUGCAAAUAAAGCCUAGAGUGAAUUGUUUUAACUUAAAUUACUCUUAGUUUUGAUGAAUUUGGAUAUGUUGAAUUUACUUCCACCUACGGGCUUAAAAGAUUCAUGUUGUACCA